UGGUCCGAAUCUUACAAAAAUCGCAACGAUGUAAAAAUAUGAAUAAUUUGUUUUACAACUGUUCGUUAAAUCAAAUCUGCUCAGACCAACCCUUUCCAUUUGGCAACAUUGUCUGUUAUGUUUAUUUUCGUAUAAAUGACGUCAUCACUACAUUUAAAGUUUUGGUUGGAGAAGCCGUUUUAGGUGUGAUUUCCUAUGAAAAUUUAGGAGAAUAUUCAUACACACGAAUUAAUUUUAAAUGCGGAAGUAUUUAUUGGUGACUUAUUGACAUGGAUAUUAGAUCAAGGAGGUCAAAAUCAAGGACUCCUUUUACCCAGGUGGAGGAGUUUAGUAAAGCCUUCCUGGAGAAGGAGGUAAUAGUUGAAAAUAAUGUGCGUGUCACCAGGAGCUCUACUUCAUUCAAAGUAAAGGAUAGCACAUCAGAAGCGGUAGAUGAGGUAACAUCUACGAACGCGAGACCAAUUACGAAAUCCUCCUCCCAUCAAUCAGAACGUGUCAGUCGACAAUGGCACAAUACUUCGGAUUAUUCGUCCGAAGGAGAAAACGAAGUUUCUUCGACCAAAACUAUAUCACAGAAUGAGAGGAAUCAAAUGAUACAGGACGCUAGAGCUGCCGCCAACGGUGGUAGUGAAGUAUCGGCGUUAGAUCUCUACAAAAAAUCCGGAAGAUAUUGGGACGUAUAUCCAAAAACAGAUUACACCUACUCGCCGCUCUCGGGGGACAGGGUCGAAUUAGCUCCUGGCGUCGUAGCUAUGCCCAACAUGUCCCGGAAAACCAUACACUCAGUUCACUCGUCCAGCGACGAAUCACACCUUUUUACAAACGUCGAACACAAGCAUACCAACACCGAAUCAUACAUAUCCCGAAGUCCCUCAGAAUUAAACACUAACUACAAGCCUAGGCAAUUGUUUAACAAUAACUAUGAGAGCAGUUACUCCAAAACGAGCCACAAGACUGUUACAACGACGUGGUGGACGAGAGUGCGGACCAGCACGGUUACUACGGUCACGAAGAUAGUAACCACGAUUUUGUCAAUUCUGUACUUUGGUUUCCGAUCAACGGUAUCCUGGUUCUCAAAACUGCAUAAGCUUUCGAGUACGGUGAUGUUACUGGAUACUUGGCUGCUGUGGAAGAAUGACAACAAAAAUAAAGCUGCAAAGUUGGCUGCUCUUUGUCUUAUUCCGUUGUUGCUUCUGGGAGGUUGGUCGAUAUGGUCGAAUCUGGGAAGCAUGCUCAGCAAAGGAGAAUCCGAAUUAUCCGUCCCAGUUAUAGUUCCCGAACCUGAAGUAAAAUCUACAGAAGCAAUUAAUAUUAUUCCCCCUGUACAGGUAGAGCCCGAAGUAAACAACAAUGACGACAACGAGGUUUUUAUUAACCAACAGAAAAUAAUAGAUGGUCUAAAAGAUGAAAUAAUAAAACUCCGAUCUGAUAUGGUAGAAGCAGAACGAGUGAGGCAGGAAGAUUUGAAUAGGAUAAUGUCAGGUCUAAACUCUGAUAGUAGAUCCGAAAAAGCCGUUUUCUGGACACAGCGUAUUAAUCGAUGCUGUAAGAAUCCUUACAUAGAUAUUGAUAAUUAUAUAAGCAAAGUUUUAACCAAUUUUAUAAACGACCCAGAGUUUCUAAGAAACCAAAAAGGCUUUAACGAAUAUUUGCGAACCAUCUUGAUAGCAAGACAAGAGUUGGAAUACAAAAUAGGUAAUAUAACUUCUAACUUCGAUACAAAAUAUGAUAACUUGGUAAAUGAAAAUACACUAAAGCUUAUGGAGGAAGUGACUUCGAGGAUAAAACGGGAAAUUAGUAAAGAGUCUAAACAAAUAGACAGAACUUCUGGAGAAGUAUUAUCAAUUUCUGACCAACACAUCAAAAAAAUAGUGAAAGGGGUGCUUGAUGUUUAUGAUGCAGAUAAAACAGGUUUGGUAGAUUACGCAAUGGAGUCAAUGGGAGCCCAGGUUCUAAGCACAAGAUGUACAGAAAACUACCACUCGGGUAAUGCUGUAGUUUCUGUAUUAGGAAUCCCUUUAUGGUAUCCAGUGAAUUCUCCAAGAACCGUAAUAACUCCUGGGAUAAGCCCGGGCCAAUGUUGGGCCUUCCAGAAUUUUCCAGGAUUUAUUAUGAUUCGGUUAUCCAGAAGGAUCAAAGUUGAAGCUUUCUCGAUGGAACACAUCAACAGAUUGCUGGUACCAAAUAGUGAAAUCGACUCUGCUCCAAAACAUUUCGAAGUGUAUGGUUUAAAAGACGAGAACGAUAGCGAUCUAGUGCUUUUAGGUGAAUACGUCUAUGAAUAUGACGGAGAUGCGUUGCAGUUUUUCGAUGUUGAAAAGGACGACCAGAUAUUCGAGAUAAUUGAACUUAGGAUAGUAUCGAAUCAUGGAAAUCCUAAAUAUACCUGCUUAUAUCGGUUUAGGGUGCAUGGAAAGUUAAUUUCGUAGUUUUUUGGAAUUGAAUUUUGAGGGAGUAUAAUUAUGUUGUCGGAGGUUAAGAUGUUCCAGUGUAAAUGUUGAUAAAACUUAAUUGAAAGGAGAAAUUGUUGCAAGAUUGAUAUUCAAAAACUUUCUGCAUAACAAUAUUAAAACACAUGUAGUGGUUGUCUCUUACAUACUCCUCUAUAUAAUAAAUACUGGUAAAUUUUCCUCAUCAAACAUAUUUAUAUGUAAUUAUAAGAACUCAAAAAUCCAUAUUAUAGUCUUCGUAUUAAUAAAAAGUCAAUGAGUUGCAACAAGCCAUUUUGUUUAUGCGUUUUCAUCGAAGUACUUUUUAGGUUCAUACAUUGCAGUACGUGUUGUGUAAUUUCCUUAAACCCUGUUUUUACGUACACUUGAAAUGAUAUCUUAAGAGGCAGAUAAAGUAGACAAUUUAAUUGUUUUCUUUCGUAACACCUCGGCAGUAGGUACAGGUUCUAAAUAUGUUUUUGUAUUUUGCUUACACGAGAUUAGAUGUUUCAGUAUCUAUAAAAAUUUGGUGACUUGUCCCUUUUGAUAUCUUGAUCUUGCCCCUUGAUUUUACCUGUUUAAAUAUUCCAUUCUUUUUUCUGUUCAAUGUUUAUUACAUUUUUUUCUGAUAUCUCCUCUCAUUUGAUCACUCAGCGUAUUUCUUAUUCUUCUCUAUAUGCCGUCUCCAUUGGCUCGUAUUUUGGCCGUGUCGAAUCUUGUUUCGGAUGUAUUCCUCAUUAUUGGUCUUAUAGUGGGUUUAUAAAUUCUUUCUUGUCAUCUCGUUUUCGCCAUAUCGUUAGCUUAGUGUGAACACCUCGUAUCUCAUUUUUUUUUUUCGAAAAUUACAUUUUGGUGGUUUUAGUUUGAAAACCUUGUAUCUCACGAUUUACAACUGUUAGAAAAAUCCAAAUACACCAGACUAUUUUCUACAGCCGAAAAAAGAAACCACGUAUAUCAAUUGCUCUCUUGAUUUAGUGUGAAUACCACGUAUAUUCAUAACCAAGAAUUUGGUACUUAAUUUAGAGUGUUUGUUUGAGAGAUUCGACUAGGAGAAAUGUUUUUUGUGAACAAUAAAAGGUAGUCUGGCAUACAGAAACAUUUUAUGAACCUUAAAUCAAAAGAUUUGUACUGUAUCAAAAUGUAUUUGGAGGUGUGCAAUAAGCUAUGAAAAAUGAAAACCUCGUAAAUAAUAAUAAACACAACCUCAUUUUAGAUGAAAAACACGUAUAUCAAGAUAUACGAGGUUAUCGUAGUUACUUGGGCAAAGGCUGUAUAUACUGCAAGGAUAUUUACGUGUUUUUCAUAGUUAAUAUUUCUAUUUCCAAUUUAAUAGCAACAUUUGACACUUUCAGCUCUGGGCCAAAUAUUUGUCUCAAUGUGCUCGAAUUAAAAAUAUGUAACGGUAAUUUUUGUUUUUAGGUUAUAUUAUCAGCUUUUUGCCUCUCCUGUAAAAUUGUAAUUUAAUGAGAUACGAGGUUUUCACACUAAGCCAUCGAUAUGGUAUUAUUAAAACAUCCUGCCAAUCUGUUGACCUUUUGUACUUGAUUUUUUACUUCCCUUUUCACAUCUCUAUAGUUGAGCAGUGCAGUUCCUAGGUGUUUUGUCUCCAGUAUUUGCUCAACACUGAUGCCAUCAAUUUCUAAUUUACAUCUUGUUGGUUCUAUACUAAUUACUGUUGUAAUUGUUUUAGUUUUCUAAGUGAUGAUCUACUUCUUCAUGUACCAUGUCCUUUCAGAACGUUGGUCACCAUCAUAGCUAAUUUUAUUCACUGCCACCCUAAAUAGCAUGCUUGUAUCAACUCCAUACCAAUCUCGCAAGUUCUUCAACUAUGAGGUUCUUCUUCGUCCUGGACUGCGUUUGCCUGCUAUUUUUCCUUGCAUAAUAUUUUGUAUCAACCUAUAUUUGGGACCUCUCAUUACGUGUCCGAAAUUCUCCAGCUUUCUCUUCUUGAUGAUUUUAUGAUCUCAGUAAUCUUGCUGAGACGUUCUAGUAUUGUGGAGUUUCGAAUCUUCUCCAUCCAAGAAACUUUUAAAAUUCUUCUAUAGCACCACAUUUCGAAAGCCUCAGGGCGAUUUAGAUCGAUUUUAAUCACAGUCCAAGAAUCGUGAUGAUCGUCAUAUUAAAUUCGUUUGCUCUUGUGUUGAAUCUGCGCACUAGUUUUUUCAGACUAUUGUCAUCUUGGAUUGUCGAUGUUGUGUAGUCUGCGUAACAGAAUAUUUUCAUUUCUUUUUUCCUAUUCUAUAUCAUCUUCCUUUGUUGAAGUUUUAGACGGCAUAAUACUGCGUCUGUAUAUGAUCUUAGAACCUACAUUGCCCAACUGCUAAAUAUAUACUCUGAUUUAUUCGUUCGUACAAAAUUUUAGUUGUAAGUUUCAGAGUGGUAUUUAACAAGUUAAGACUGUAGUUUUCUGUUUUUCAUAUCUUGUAUAGUAAUAUUAGUCCACCUGCCUUCCAAUCUUCUGUUUUAUAAUUUUCAUAAUCAAAGCAGGGCUUUUAGUUGUUCUUUAUUUCAUUGUUACUUGCUUACUUUCUCCGUGGCAUUACAACCCUUCGUGGGUUUUAACCCACUUGGCAACAUGGCUCCAUUCCUUUCUGUCUUGUGCAAACUCCGCCCAAUUCUCUACGUCCAUAACUUUAAGGUUUCCUGUUAUAUUGUCUUGCUACCAGAGUCGAGGUGGUCCACGUUGUCUUCUUGCAGUUGGGAAUUCUUCAAUCUCAAUAUUCUUUCGUCAUAAUGUCUUCUGAGGUGUCCUACCCACUUGAGUCCUUUGGACUUAAUUUCUUUGAUUUUGUUGGCUUCUGCAUAUAGUUCUUCUAUCUCUUUGUUAGUUCUUAUCCUAUAUUGUCCUGUUGCCAAAUUAAGCGCCGCUCCAAAGAUCUUGUUGCCAACAUUUCAACUUUCAUUUGGUAUCCAGUCUAUAUCUGUAGCGACUUAAUUUCAUUGAAAUACAUCAGCUUUUUUGUAGGAAAUAUAUUCAGAAAUAACGCUGUAACGUUCGCAAAGUAAAAAAAGCAUUCACCUAUGAAUAAAAUAUUCACAAAUAGUUUAUAAAAUGUUAGCAUCAUCUCUCUGAGAGAUAACAGUAUGCAAUUCUACUUUUUCUCCUUUUAAUUAAGAGGUAUAUGAGUGCAAAAACGUUGUAAAUAUUUCGAAAAUUGUACCAAAGAUUUGAUGUGCAAAAGAAGCGUAAAAGGAAUAUGAUUAAUCUCCGGUUUUUUGAAUGAACAAAAUUUUUUAGUAUGGAUUGUUUGAAUUAGAGUGAGAGUGGAUGAUUCGGACUUGGCAUAUCUGUGAUACUCUUAUAGCAGGGAGGAGAAUUACUUUAUUGUUUUAAGCAUUAUAAAAAGUCAUAAUUUGAAGAAAAAACAGCAAUGUAUCCUUCUUUCUCUCCCUGCUUUUCUAUUUACGGUUUUCCAUAGUGGUUAGAUUAGAUAAUUUAGCCAGUGGUUAGUUUCUUCCAAGAUAAAUCGAUUACUAUCUUGAACCAAACUGAUAUAGAAUAUAUUUGUCACAGAAAUUUCUUUUCUCACCGUAGGCUUAAUUUUUAUGGUUUAAAACUGAAGUACUUUAUAGAUCUUGGAAAAACAACUAUAUAUAAUUACAUUAUUCCAAAUAAGUGGAGAUAGUGACUCAUUGGUGUCCAUAUUCAAAUUAUUUAUUUUAUAAUGUUAAAUUUUCUAAAUCUUGCUUUAAAUAUCAUCAUCUUCAACAGCUAUUUCAUCCAUCGUCGGAUGCAAGCCUCCCUUAUAGUCCAAGAGGCAGCGCUGAAAAAUCUCUUUGAAUUUACUAAAGCUAGAUUUUUCACAGUUGAUUACUGUGAUUGUGUAGAGAAACAUACUGCGGUAGGUCA